CCGAGGACAAACGGAAGAAAGGAGAUUUUGCACAAGAAAACGUUGCAAUUCCAACCCAAAUCGAACGCGAUCCACCAAGCAAAGGAAGUGGCUCUACGGUACAACGCCACACCGAUUCUUUUUUCGAUACUGCGAGCAAUAUCACAUUGUACGUGUUACGCAGUUCCUAGCCUGAAACAAGGUACUUCGCCCGGCAGGUACCCCGGCAAUGCGUCGCGAGAUGGCGUUCCGGGACGACGCGAAGCUUUGUCGCCGGCGACGCAAGCCCCGGGCCCGAGGCCGACCCGUCGAUGCUUCGAUCAAACACGUGCUGCUGGCGUUGUCGUCGUCGUCGCUGCUGCUGUCCCUUCUGCUGCUGCUGCUGCUGCUGAAGGCACCGCGGAGCGAUCCGGCCGACGGGCAGCACGGCUCGCUCGGUUUCGUUGUGUCGGCGCUGCUUCCCCCUCGAACCGCCGCCCCGAAAGGCACCGCGGCGAUCCGGCAGCAGCGAGCGGCGGGCCGCACCGAGAAAGGGUCGUUCUGGCCGCCGGAUGCCGCGGUUUCUUCCCCGCUGUUUUCCAACCGCAUCGUUCGCGGUCCCACCCCCGUGAGGUUCGACGAUCGGAUACGGACCGGACCGGGCCGACACCGCGGUGCAGGGUGCCACGGGAAGGGUCGGUCGCGGUUUGCCUUUGCGUCGGCGUCCACGUCGCAACAGCAGCGGGCAGCAUCCACGUCCCUGUCGUCGGUGGGGUCCCCCACGGCCCUGCACAUGGUGCUGACGACGCCCGAAUCCAUCAUCGAACAGGCCUCGACGGUCAAUCUGCUGGAUGAUCUCAUCAACGAGAGCGUUCGGACCAGCGCGAGGCGGCCCAUCAUGAUGCAGUUCGAUCCCUCCAGUGGCUGGAUCUGGCGCCGCUGGAAGGGGACGGUGUUUGCGGAGACAUGGAUUUCCUGCGGUAAGUUGUGUUGGAUGGUUGUCGGCGCAUCGAAAUCGAUUCGCGUCGGUUUUGGAUCGGAUCGGAUGAAAUCGAAAUCGAAAUCACUGCGAGCCAACGGAGCAACCAAUCGUCUUCGUGCCGGGACAACCUCUCAAUCGUUUCGACUGUUUUGCUGUACGUAACCCACAGCCAGGAACAUGCUCUUCGCGGUAGCCGUGUACAUUAUCCACAAAACAUAUCCCACCGUUUUCCAAACGCAUCUGUCCGGCUUUAACACACUCUGGGGACAGCUGCUCUCGGUCACUACCUUUACUUUGACGUUUUUCGUCAACCAAUCGUAUGCGCUCUGGCGAAAAUGCAUGGAAUUGAGCCGCCGGUUGCAGGGCCGCCUCCACGACGUGAACAUGAACAUGGCCUCGCACGCCCAGCGUGUGAUCCCCUCGAACCCCAACGAAAAAUCCACUUACACGGCCUCGUCGCGACAGAUCCUCGAGCUCAUGAGCCGGUACGUCCGCCUGUUCAACCUACUGACGUACGCGUCUUUUACGAGGUCGCACCGCCCCAUACUGACGCCGAGGGGCCUCCGGCGGCUUGUCGAGCGGGGGCUGAUGACCGCGCAGGAGCGGGAGGUUCUGGUCGACGCGGUGAUUCCUGCAACGCAGCGCCACAGUGUUGUGCUCAUGUGGAUGAUCCGGCUCUUUGUCGAGGGGAGGGCAUCGGGCCACAUCCAAGGCGGGCACGGGUUCGAGUCGGAAACCAUGCACAAGUUUCACAUCAUCCGUAGCCAGUACGGUGCCAUCGGCGACGAGCUGCAGGGACGCAUGCCGCUGGCUUACGCCCACAUCGUUCAGGUCCUCGUGGAUUUGAUUCUCUGGAUGUUCCCCUUUAUGGCAUUCACCACCGGCAUGUCUCCGCUCCUGGUGAUCUUUGGAACCGGAUUGCUCACAAUCAGCUACCAGGGUCUCUUUGAUCUGGCGAAACAAUUCCUGGAUCCAUACGACAACGAAAACUACGGGCGGGGCGAGGAUCCUCUCUGUGUCGAUACAUUGAUCGCCGAGACCAACGCCGGCUCGAUCCGGUGGCUCUACGGAUUCGAGGAACUCCCCUUUUCGGCACAGAAGCUCAACGAUGGGGAACUAUACGACAAUCUGUUGCCCGUCCGUGGCUAUUCCGUAGAGGAACUCGACCAGAUGGAAAAGGAGCAGCUCGAGCGAGAAUUGCAGCUAGAGGAGCAGCGACUGAGGGAAGACGAAGAAGCCGCCGAGGAAGAACGACUGAGAAAGGAAGCAGAAGAAAAAGUCGCCGCUACCGAAAGCGACGAGGAAGAGGGGGAUGGCAGCGAACACGAACACGAGGACGAUCUCGUCGACCAAGACGCGAACGAAGAAAGGGUGGAGACCGUAGCCACGCAUGCGGCAUCUACGGACACCAUCGACGAGAUCGUCGUAGAGAAUAUGAACACAAUCGGAAAUACUAGCAUAUCCGAAAACGAGGAACGCAGUCUUUUGUCUACAGAUGUGACAGCUCCAAAUGCUACGAAAUCUUCUUCGGAGCAACUUACUAUGGACAGCAAUGUGACAAACUCUGCUGCCGACAACCCUGCUGCAGAGACAGCAAGGCCCGUUCACAAGGUUACAACGCUUGCCACGGACAAGAGAGCGGUUUCAUCCUUCAAACCAUCGGAACCAACGAAAACUUCGGAACAACUUACUCCCGACAAAAAUGCUACGAUAUCUUCUGCCGAAUCUUCAUCCACAGAGGCAACAAGGCCCGUUCACAAAGUCACAACACUUGCCACGGACAAGAGAGCAAUUUCGACGUUCAAACCAUCGGAACCAGCAAAAGAAGUUCGGGAAGAGCCAGUUCCUUCGGGCAUGACGACAAGCAACUACCUAGCGACCCUGAGGAUGCAGAAUGAAAAGAUCAAAUCUCUUCUCGCGGCUGCCGAUUUCGAUGAGAACGAGCUCGAAGAAGAAAUUAUUGACUUUGAGCUUUUCGAAGACUUGCCGUGGUUUGACGAGGUCGGCGCCGACGGGCAGGAACUCCGGCUAAGCCAACAGCUCGCCGAUGAAGUUUGGGAAGAGGAAAAAGACGACGUUCAGAUCAAGAACAUGACAAAAGAAGAGUACGAGGCGAGACUGAAGGAAAUCGAAGAAAAUGCCGAAAACGAAUUGCAGGAAACCGUCGAAAUCAUGUCUGCGAUCCCGGGCGCCGAGACCGAUGGGACCGAUGAGAAGCUCUAUACCGUUGCCGAGAGACGACAGAAGAAGGCCCCGACCUACGAUCAAACCAGACUCGAUGGAAUCUCGCAGCUCUGGGGUCUCCCCCCCGAAGAUCUGUCGGCACUGAAAGAGUACGAGGCACCGGAAAAAAUCGACGACAUGGAUUUUGCUUCUGUUUCUCAGCUCUGGGGAGGUACCCCUUCUGCCGGUACGCAAACGACGACUCAAAAUGAAAGCGAAGUAGUUGGAUUGAAUGACUUUUCCGGGAUAUCGGAGCUAUGGGGGUCGACUCCGAACGAAUUUCAAGAUGACCCUGCGAGGGAAGACUCGGAUGGGGGUGGUCGAACCUCAAAUGCCGAAAUCGAAAACGGAGAGAAUGGGGACGAUUUCCCGUCGUUCGCUGGGCUGCCCUGGCAUGAUGAAAAGGGUCCAGAUGGAAAAGAGUACCGGCUUUCGCAGUUGCUUGCCGACGAAGAAUGGGUUACCGAAACCAGUAGCGAAGAAGCAGCCCCAAUGACAUUACAAGACUACAACAAAGAAGUAGAAAAAAUCAUUACCAAGGCAGAAGAAGAAUUAAGAGAGACGGAAGCUAUUUUGCUCUCGAAGCCCGGAACCGACCCCGUUGGCUGGGAUUACGAUGAUGAUCAACUCGCCCCAAUGUCGAACGUAACAAGCAGCGAGGAAUCCGAAGAAGAGCAAGAACAACAGAACAUUAAAGAUUCAGACCUAGACGUCCUUGAAAUGGAUGUCGAGGAUGACUACAGUAUCCCGGAUGCCGAGGACGAUGUGGAUGCCGACAUAAGUCCUGACAGAUCGGAUAACGAUGCUUUUACAAAAACGCCUCUUGAAGGAGUGGAAUCGAUUUUGUCGUCUUCCGACGAAAGCAACGAUGAUACGGACGUGGAUCUCGCUGCGGACAAGGAAAUAGAUAAUGCGAAGAUAAAGGAUGACGUCUUAAACGACGUCGCGAUAGACGAUGAUCAAUUAGAAAUAGAAUCGAGCGAUGACGAUGAUACUACAACAAAUGGGAAAAUAAAAAUAGAGCCCAUAUUCAUCGAAGAACAGGAUGAAAAUGUCACGCUUGAACAUUACGAUGAAACUUCUUUGCCAGAAAACGAUGGUGAAUGGGAUGAAGAGGACGACUUGAGACUUUAAUGUAAAUUGGAAAUACCAAUAACAACUGGGAAAAUAGAUCUGCUAGUUAGUU